CAACCGCCAGUAGUUGUUAACGUAGUAUGUGUGCGACAACGGGAUUGACAGCAUGGAUUCGACGUCCGACCUAGGAGGAGGUUACAUCACCGAUCCCUCUCGGAGCCUCAAUAGUUCGAACUGUACGCCACCGGCGAUCGAUGACUUCCCGAACGACCUCUUCAGCGAGGAGCAGCGACAAGCCGGUGCCGUUAUCGUCCACGUCAUCGUAUCACUUUACCUCUUCAUCGCCUUAGCCGUAGUUUGCGACAAAUUCUUCGUACCUGCCGUAGAAAAAAUAUGCCACGCACUGUCGAUGUCGAAGGAUGUGGCAGGCGCGACUUUCAUGGCGGCGGCGACAUCGGCGCCAGAGCUGUUCGUCAACGCGAUCGGCACCUUCAUCACCGAGGGCGACAUCGGUGUCGGCACCAUCGUUGGCUCUGCCGUCUUUAACAUACUCGCUGUGCCCGCUUGCUGCGGGAUCGGCGCUGGCAUGGUAGUAGUACCACUGGACUGGUGGCCAGUGAGCAGAGACUGCCUGGCGUACGGCGUGACCGUAGCCAUCUUAAUCUGCAUCAUCCACGACGAGAGGGUUGAGUGGUACGAGGCGUUAUGCUUAGUUCUCCUCUACAUCGUCUACAUCGCCGUAAUGUACUACGACAAGUCCUUCCAGAAUUGCACGAGGUUCCGCGCGAAGAAUUCCACGCCACCGGCCGAGCCUGACGCCCUCGAUACCAGGCCGCAAAGUGACGCCGGGGAAAUUCACUUGUCAAGAUCCGAUAAAUUGCAAUCGGCCGCCGACCGUGUGGAGCAAAUUGCGACUAUCGACGUGCCCCUGCAGAACGGCGGCACCAAGCCGCAGGAGGAGAAUCAAGAGGCUGAAGAGUACGAGUAUCAGCUGCUGGUCUGGCCGAGGAAUGCCGGCUGGUUGAGGAAAACCGCCUGGAUAUUGACGUGGCCGAUUCACUUGGUGUUCAUGUGCACCAUUCCCGACUGCGACAAGCCCAAGUUCAAGAAAUGGUUCCCUGUCACCUUCCUCAUGUGCAUCGUCUGGAUCGGAUCGCUUAGCUACGUGGUCGCUUGGAUGAUCACCAUUAUCGGAGACACCUUGAAGAUACCGGACUCGGUGAUGGGAAUCACGUUCCUCGCCGCGGGAACCAGUGUGCCAGAAGCCGUGUCCAGCGUGAUCGUGGCUAAGCAAGGCCACGGGUCAAUGGGCAUCAGCAACUCGAUCGGCUCCAACACGUUCGACAUCCUGCUGUGCCUCGGCCUGCCGUGGCUGAUCAAGUCGUCGUUCGCGCCGACGAAAAAGGACCAGCACUACAUCAGCAUCAAUUCCGGGGGCCUGGAGUACAGCGCGAUCUCUCUGCUGUCAACUCUGCUGCUGCUGUACGUGGCCUUCGCCGCGAAUCGCUUCCAACUCGACCGCAAAGUCGGCCGUGCUUGUCUCUGCAUGUACGCCGUGUUCCUGAUACUCGCUACCCUCAUUGAGCUCAAUGUCUUCUUCCCGGUCAACUUGCCCACUUGCAAACCAAAGUCGUCGAGGGGGAAAUGAGCGAACCGAACCAUUCGGCAGCCACCCCCAUUUUAUUCUAUACUCAAAAACGAGCUAACGUCCUUCGAUCUGCAUCCGACUUUCGGGCGUUUUUCGCUUUUCGCGAUAAAAUGCUCUACAGUUUAUCAAUUGUUGGUUAAGACUCUGUUAACUCUUCUAUGAUAGGAUGUCGAUGAAAUUCAAUGCUCAGAUUUGCUGCAAACCUGUCCAAAAAACGUGCCCUAAUUCGUUGCGGUCAGAUUGUUUUCGCUCGUUUCUUUUGUAAGUAUUGAGCUUCGUAACUUUGUACAGACUAAGAUUGAGGCAUCGCAAAUAUUCCUGUUGGCCAGAUGUAUUUUUUAAAGUUGGACGUGUACAAAAUUAUAACUCGCUGCUUCUGAUGCAACACAUUUCUUCGUUUGUUUGUCUGUUUUAUUUAUUAUUUAUGUUUUUCCACCAUUAGACACUUGAAAAGUCUGGAUUUUCGAGGAAAAAGUGAUCGCAUAUAUUUUUCACCGAGUAAAAAUCAACGAAGAGACGACGAGGGGCGACAGUAUGUAUGUGUGUUCGUAUCGUGUUUGCACGCGUGAGAGAACAUGAAAUAUAAAGAGCAAAAUUGUUUAUCAAUAUUCACAUUAAGGCCAGAGCUUAAAGGAACGAAAAUUUUAGAUUCUGUGUGACUCGAUGGUGAUCGUGAAUUUUCGAGUGCCAUUGAACUUUCUGUCGGAAGAACAUGAAAUUUAUUACAGGGCAAUUACGUCAAUGAAUUGGAAUUCCCGAUCAUCUUUCAAAUGAGAAAUUAACAUUGCUGGUUAUUUUCGGCGAUCAUUCAAUCAUUAAGCAUCCUUUGGGUAACGAGCAAUGUUGAUUUUACAAAUUUAUUUAUUAAUCUACGAAAAAUUGAAUGCACCUGUAACUCAUCGACAAAUCAGCUGAGUCCUCAUUAACACAUUCUUGCGCUUUCACAUUGUAUAUCGCAAGAUUAGGCAUCAUAAUGUUUUAUCCGCAGAUAUGAGAACAACAAAAAUUUGUUAACUCACUGUGUAACGUUAAGUUUCUUCGUUUAUACAUUUUAUUAAUUAGCUAAUAACGUCCAUCGACUCUUUUAUUUUUGUCUUCUCUACUUCAUAUUUCACAAUUGCAUAUAAUAAUAUAUAAUAGAACUUUCGAGGACGACCGUAGUAACAAAAUCUUUUGUGUAAAAAUGUGUUCACACAUGCGCUUGUUUUUUUUUUGUUGCAAUUUGGCUUCUGAGUUGUGUAACAUUUCAACCAUGACGUUGUAUUAGAUCGACAAAAGCAGAAUCUCGUCAAGAAUUUUGCUGUGCGUACGCGUACAUUUAUACGUAUAAAUGAAUAAAAAAGUUUCGAUCUCUCGACUCUCGUAGAAUUAUCAAACAAAGAGAAACAAGAAAUAGCCGUUGAGUGAGGAAGGAAGAAAGAAAAAACAAAACGAAAAGAACGAAUAUCCACACCUUAGACGAUAACUAUAGAUCAUAAAGAAUCUCAGAGCUGUAAUGUAUAACUUUGUACAUGACAAAAUGAUUGUAAAGUAAAGAAGAAAAAGAA